UCAGGCUUCGGGGGCCAGCCUGACUCUGUGUUGCCUCCAACACCAUGUCCUGCUUCUCCUCCCGCCUUGGUGCCUCCUGCGGCGUCCGCGCCUUCAGCUGCGCCUCAGCCUGCGGGCCCCGGCCCGGCCGCUGCUGCAUCUCCGCAGCUCCAUACAGGGGCAUCUCCUGCUACCGAGGACUCUCCGGGGGCUUCGGCAGCCGCAGUGUCUGCGGGACCUACCGAGCCGGCUCCUGCGGACGCAGCUUUGGGUACCGCUCAGGGGGCGUCUGCGGGCCCAGCCCCCCCUGCAUCACCAGCGUCUCCGUCAACGAGAGUCUGCUCACGCCCCUCAACCUGGAGAUCGACCCCAAUGCUCAGUGCGUGAAGCAUGAGGAGAAGGAGCAGAUCAAGUGCCUCAACAGCAGGUUCGCGGCCUUCAUCGACAAGGUGCGCUUCCUGGAGCAGCAGAACAAGCUGCUGGAGACCAAGUUGCAGUUCUACCAGAACCGCAAGUGCUGCGAGAGCAACUUGGAGCCGCUGUUCACCGGCUACAUCGAGACGCUGAGGCGCGAGGCUGAGUGUGUGGAGGCUGAUGGCGGGAGGCUGGCUGCUGAGCUCAACCACGUGCAGGAGGCCAUGGAGGGCUACAAGAAGAGGUAUGAAGAAGAAGUUGCACUGCGGGCCACAGCAGAGAAUGAGUUUGUGGCUCUAAAGAAGGAUGUGGACUGUGCCUACCUGCGCAAGUCGGACCUGGAGGCCAACGUGGAAGCACUGACCCAGGAGAUCGACUUCCUGAGGAGACUGUACGAGGAGGAGAUCCGCAUCCUCCACGCCCACAUCUCAGACACCUCGGUCAUCGUCAAGAUGGACAACAGCCGGGACCUGAACAUGGACUGCAUCGUGGCUGAGAUCAAGGCUCAGUAUGACGACAUCGCCACCCGCAGCCGGGCAGAGGCUGAGUCCUGGUACCGCACCAAGUGCGAGGAGAUGAAGGCCACAGUGAUCCGGCACGGAGAGACCCUGCGCCGCACCAGGGAGGAGAUAAAUGAGCUGAACCGCAUGAUCCAGAGGCUGACAGCUGAGGUGGAAAAUGCCAAGUGCCAGAACACCAAGCUGGAGGCCGCCGUGACCCAGUCUGAGCAGCAGGGAGAGGCCGCCCUCACUGAUGCCCGCUGCAAGCUGGCUGAGCUGGAGGCUGCCCUGCAGAAGGCCAAGCAGGACAUGGCCUGCCUGCUCAAGGAGUACCAGGAGGUGAUGAACUCCAAGCUGGGGCUGGACAUCGAGAUCGCCACCUACAGGCGCCUGCUGGAUGGCGAGGAGCAGAGGCUGUGCGAGGGUGUGGGCUCUGUGAAUGUCUGUGUCAGCAGCUCCCGUGGAGGAGUCACAUGUGGGGGUCUCACAUCUGGCACAACCCCAGGGCGCCAGAUUGUCUCUGGCCCCUCAGCCACCGGGGGCAGCAUCACAGUGAUGGCCCCUGACUCCUGCUCUCCUUGCCAGCCACGCACCUCCAGCUUCAGCUGUGGGAGCAGCCGCUCAGUGCGCUUUGCUUAGUUAGACCCAGGACCUCCAGCUGAGCCACCUGUCUGCCCCAGAGUGAAGUGGUGUGUGAAUGGAAAGAGUGUGCUUGCUUCCAGAAUCUUCCGGACGUUCCUGUAGGGGGAGAGAGUUCAGGGCCACUCUCCUCCACCUUCUCCUUUUAGGGAGAUGUUUCUCAGUUCUCCUCUGGCUUCACUUUAGAAGGUCGUUCCCAGCCCUUCCCUCAACCCCAAUCUGUCUUCAAAUACUUACAACUGAUUUGUUUCAUUCACAAAGCUCUCCAGGAUACCACUGGUCACUCAGGAGAGCUGAACAAUAAAGCUUGGCCUUCUUGGGUCAAGGCAUGAUCCUAACCAUCCAGCCAUGACCCCCAAAACCAAGAACCAGAGGGAACUCCAACCCCCAGCAUCUCCCACUUCUGACCCCAGGUAUAGGGCCUCAGAGGCAGCAAGCACCUGCCUACCAUUGGUUGGGUUUGCUGUCCUUCCUGACUGGCUGCCUUCCUUGGGGCAGCCUGCUCUGGCCAGACUCCUUGGGUUAGCUCCCAGGGCAUAGUCUGCUCUCUGGGGAGUCCUACAACCUACCUGGCUAGGGAGCUUUGAACAGAUCCUGCUGUUCAGGAUGCCUUUGCACAUUUCAGACUCCAUACUUGCUCCAGGCCUAGCCUGCCUGUGCAGAAGAGAACUGUCCAUGCGAGAGCUGGUGGGGUGAGGACUGUUGUCACUUUCUGUCUAUGGGUGCCUUGCCUUCUGGGUUGACCCAUCUGUGUUUCAAUAAAUGCUGCUGCAAUGCAAGUGUG